UCGACCAUUGCACAACCUCUCCACCUGAGCGACUAUCUUACCUCAGGACAGGGAGUACCUAUGAUUCAGGCAAUGUGGAACGCACAUGACCACUAAGCGGCCACAGCGAUGGACGCCCACGAUAAACAACAAGCUCCGGUCUCCGAGCUCCUUCAAUCGACCCCGGUCCCCAUUGCGCAGCUCUCCCCGUCGCUCGACAAUCUACCCCACAACUCCGUGCGCGGUGUCGUGGCUCUGCUAUGGCCGUAUUCGUCGUCCACGCGGUCGAUCAGUUUGCUUCUCGCGGAGCCCGACUUUCGGCUCCGGCGGUCUGGCGGACAAGUGAGGGUCGUCUUCCACGGACCCGUCGCGGAAGAGGUCGCCAAGUCGCAGGUUGGGAUCGGCGACAAUGUGUAUCUCAGCCUGCACGGAUCCAGGCUAACCGACAAUGACCCGAAAGUUCUCACCCCGGGCAAGAGCGUCGCCUGGGAUGUCCAUUUCGAGACUACGGUUCUGGUCGAGGUGAGUGAAACCACUGAGAACCGAAAGUGAAACUGAAGGGUGGUGGCUCAUUGCGCACUAGGUAUGGCGCUCCGAUCAACAUCUUUCCACCGUCAAGAUCGAUCCUCCCUCGUCUCCCCUGCCCGCUGCCGAGAGUACCACGCCCACACCGACUACCCCGGAUCCGAAAGGCAGUGCCUUCCCCCGCGGCCUCGACUCGGCGACCUGGCAAUCGCCCGCUUUCCUGG